AUAGCAGAGGCAUCAUUGCAUCAAAUCAGUUGUCCAUUGGGACUUGUAAAUAGAGGUGUAAGUCGCCAAAUUUAGAGUUGAUAUUGGCAGCCGUAGAGUUAUUUCAUUUAUUCUCCAAAGAUUUCUCAUUUUACUCUACCACAAUGUUAGCUAAGGUGUUUAGUGCUGCUGCUAAGCAAACAGUCAACCGUGCGUUCUCAGUCAGCGCCUCCCAUGGCGUCAGUUUUGAGCUCAACGAAACACAAAAGCAAUUGAAAGAGACAGCUGAUAAAUUCACAAGAGAGGAAAUAAUUCCAGUGGCUGUUCACCACGACAGAACUGGAGAAUACCCCUGGGCGGUUGUGAAGAAGGCUUGGGAGUUGGGUCUUAUGAACAGUCAUAUACCGCAAGAAUAUGGUGGACUGGCUCUGGGAACGUUCGACGCUUGUUUAAUUGCUGAGGCCCUGGCCUAUGGAUGCACUGGGAUCAAAACAGCCCUUGAAGCGUCCGGUCUUGGACAAGCACCCGUCAUCCUCGCUGCCAACGAUGCACAGAAAAAGAAGUACCUUGGUCGACUCAUCGAAGAGCCACUCCUUGCUGCUUACUGCGUAACAGAACCGGGUGCAGGCUCAGACGUAGCUGGAACAACUACGAAAGCUGUGAAAAAAGGGAACGAAUGGAUUCUGAACGGCACGAAGAUGUGGAUCACCAACGGAGGUGUGGCUAACUGGUACUUCGUGCUGGCCAGGACCAAUCCAGAUCCGAAAGCACCAGCCAGCAAGGCAUUCACAGGGUUCAUAGUGGAGAGGGAAUUCCCGGGAGUCACACCAGGUCGCAAGGAAAUUAAUAUGGGUCAGAGGGCGUCAGACACUCGUAUGGUGACGUUUGAAGACGUCCGAGUGCCCGAAGAGAACGUUCUCGUCGGGGAAGGCCAUGGUUUCAAGAUAGCCAUGGGUGCAUUCGACAGAACACGGCCCCCAGUGGCGUGUGGAGCUGUUGGUCUCGCUCAGAGAGCCCUCGACGAAGCGACCAAAUACUCUCUCGAGCGAAAAGCCUUUGGUGUGCCUAUUGCGGACCACCAGGCGGUGGCCUUUAUGCUCGCAGACAUGCAGAUUGCGGUGGAGACGGGCAGACUCGCCUGGAUGAAGGCAGCCUGGGCCUCCGAUCAGAAGGACCCGAAAGCAGGAAUGCUUGCCAGCAUUGCCAAGUGCUACGCUUCCGACAUGGCCAACAAAGUCGCCUCCGAUGCUGUGCAGAUAUUCGGAGGGGCUGGGUUCAACUCCGAGUAUCCAGUGGAGAAACUCAUGAGGGAUGCCAAGAUUUACCAGAUUUACGAGGGCACUUCGCAGAUCCAAAGAAUUAUCAUUUCGCGUCAAGUGCUUAAGGAUAUGAAAAACAAAGCUUCUUAAUCGUAAUUUUCUAUGAAUUUUAAAUGAAUGUGAUCUGUCAUUAAUGACAUUAUUUUCGAUAUCUUUAUGAAAUAGUAUAUUUCGAUACAAGUGCGUGUUUUUUGACCCCUGGGGAGAAACGAACGAUAAAAAUAUCUUUUAUAGAGGGAAGUUUAUCAAUAAUAUUUUGUCCCCAAGUUACAAAUUGCCGUCAUAACAUUAUUAUUAUUUUCUUUAAGAAUUUAUUUUUUGUCUGUGAUUAUUGAAUGGUCGAAAGGAUAAACUACAAUCCCUCGUUUCAUAUAAAAUGAAACGGGGAUAAAUUUUAUCUGAAAAUACUGAAUGUAUUUUUUCAAUAAAAAUUCAUAAUUCAAUCUCGGCGCACACGUCGCAUAUUUGGCGCAAAAAAUUCUUUUUUGAUCAUUUUCAACUGUUUUUCUGUCAGAGUAGCGCUCGCUGACGGCGAGUACUAGACUGACCCUUCCAAGGGUCAAAGAACACUUUUCCCCCGAGUGUUAAAACCUAUUUUUAUCGCAAUGCGUCGGAAAUUUCACUUUACGCACAAGUACUGAAAUAUCUGUAUGGGGUCUCGAACGAAGCACUUCUGAUGUACCUAAUAAACAUGCUAAUCAGGGUAAAGACAGGCAUACUCGUCUGGAUCCAGUGGCGAAGCUUAUGAGGGAUGCCAGGAUUUAUCAGAUUUCCGAGGACACUUCGCAGAUUCAAGGAAUUAUCAUCUCGCGUCAAAUGAAAAAUAAAACAUCAUAAUUGUAAUUUUUAUGAAUUUAAAAUGAAAGUCAUUUGUAAUUAACGACAUUAUUUUCGAUGUCAUUAUGAAAUAUAUAUUUAUAUAAAUGUUAUUUAUUACAACA